UCAUACGUCAAUUCAUAGAAAAAACGCGAGUUGCCGGAACAGUUUUACUCUCUGAUUUUAUUGCAUUUGUAAAACGAGUUUCGAGUCUAAAUUUGGUUUUUCAGUUCGUUAAAUACAUUAGUUAUGUCUACUGUUGCGAGUGCACUGUCUUUGGCUGGAACGCGGACCUCUGGAGCGCCAGUCCGAACUCAAAAUGUAAUGGCAGCUUCAUCCAUUGCAAACAUUGUAAAAUCAUCGCUUGGACCAGUCGGAUUAGAUAAAAUGCUUGUCGAUGAUAUAGGAGAUGUUACCGUCACUAACGAUGGUGCUACUAUACUACGUUUGUUAGAAGUAGAGCAUCCUGCCGCGAAAGUACUUUGUGAAUUAGCCCAGUUACAGGAUGAAGAAGUUGGUGAUGGAACAACAUCAGUGGUAAUCAUUGCGGCGGAACUUCUUAAAAACGCUGACGAAUUGGUAAAACAAAAAAUUCAUCCCACUUCAAUCAUUGCUGGUUACCGCUUAGCAUGCAAAGAAGCCUGUAAAUAUAUAUCUGAACAUUUGACCGCUCCUGUUGAUGAGUUGGGUCGCGAAACACUGAUCAACGUAGCUAAAACAUCCAUGAGUUCAAAAAUCAUUGGUGCAGAUGCCGAUUAUUUUGCCGCUAUGGUUGUUGAUGCAGCUCAGGCUGUGAAGAUUACUGACACAAAAGGCAAUCCGCUGUAUCCAAUCAAAGCCGUAAAUGUUCUUAAAGCGCAUGGCAAAUCGGCACGCGAAAGCGUGUUGGUACAAGGAUACGCAUUAAAUUGCACUAUUGCUUCUCAGCAGAUGCCAAAAAAGCUGACUAACGCUAAGAUAGCAUGUUUGGAUUUUUCUCUACAGAAAACGAAAAUGAAAAUGGGAGUGCAGGUGCUGAUAACCGAUCCGGAAAAAUUGGAAGGAAUCCGAGCGCGCGAGUUGGACAUAACCAAAGAAAAAAUCGAAAAAAUUCUUGCCACUGGAGUAAACGUGGUCUUAUGCAGUGGGGGAAUUGAUGAUCUUUGUUUGAAGUAUUUUGUCGAAGCCGGUGCUAUGGCAGUGAGACGAGUGAAAAAAACUGAUUUGAAGCGUAUCGCCAAAGCGACUGGAGCUGCAUUUUUAACUUCACUGACCAACAUGGAUGGUGAAGAGGUCUUCGAAGCCAGUUAUGUCGGUGAAGCGACGGAAGUAGCACAAGAGUUCAUAUGUGACGAUGAACUAAUAUUGAUCCGAGGUCCAAAAGCGCGUACAGCAGCAUCUAUUAUCCUUCGCGGUCCUAAUGACUUCUAUUGUGACGAAAUGGAGCGCUCUAUUCAUGACGCAUUAUGUGUAGCGAAACGAGUACUAGAAGGCAAAAAAGUAGUUGCAGGGGGAGGCUGUGUUGAAGCAGCCCUUUCGAUAUAUUUAGAAAACUUCGCAACUUCACUAAGCUCUCGUGAACAACUAGCUAUUGCAGAAUUCGCUAAAUCAUUACUAAUAAUUCCCAAAACAUUAGCGGUAAAUGCCGCAAAAGAUGCAACCGAUUUGGUUGCCAAACUGCGUGCUUAUCAUAAUUCAAGCCAAACUAAGCUUGAUCAUGCCCAUCUUAAAUGGUUUGGAUUAGAUCUUAUUGAAGGUAUCGUCAAGGAUAAUAAAAAGGCAGGGGUCUUAGAACCAGCUAUGUCCAAAAUAAAAUCCCUCAAAUUUGCAACCGAAGCUGCUAUUACGAUUUUACGCAUUGACGACAUGAUCAAAUUGAACCCGGAAGAGAAGCCAGGAAAAAGCUAUGGUGAUGCAUGUGCUGCCGGAGAACUUGAUGAUUAAUCUAGCGUAUUUUUAUCUUAAAGUAUCCUGUCUCAUUUACCACAUUUCAUCGGCAUUAGUUUCUUCUAAUCCUAUAAAUCUGCUGAUUUGAAUGUUUUAUCGACAACAAAAUCUAUUCGGAAAAUUUUCAUCAAGAAAACGAACAACGUGCACCCGGUGUGCAGAUCCUUCGAAUCCCUUUUGAUGUAUGAGGUUAAUUACAAUAUUGCUUCUCUAAUUAUAUAUCCAUAAACGAAAAUGGAACAGUAAUAAAUGCACAUUAAUACGAUCACAAUA